UAUUUAUAGAUAAUACACACACACACCCCACAAACUCACUUCAAAUCAUUCCAAAUCUCCACUCAUCUUUGAAGUUCGAAACCCUUCAUCAAAUCAAAACUUUGUUCUGUAAAUCCGCCAUGGAAGCACUCAAUAGGUGCUCAUCUGCUACUUCUUCUUCAUCGGAUUCAUCAGACUCCUCACAUUCGGGUCGGAAACCCCGAAACACUAACAAAACUCAAAGAAUCAAGGGCCCAUGGAGCUCUGAGGAGGACCGGAUACUAACCCGACUAGUUGAUUCAUAUGGAGCUCGGAACUGGUCGCUUAUUAGUACCUACAUAAAGGGUCGGUCUGGUAAGUCUUGUAGGCUCCGAUGGUGCAACCAGCUGAGUCCCAAUGUGCAGCACCUGCCAUUUUCUCCGGCAGAGGAUGAGACCAUUUUGGCUGCUCACGCUCGGUAUGGCAAUAGGUGGGCUACCAUUGCUCGGUUGCUCCCUGGCCGGACUGAUAAUGCGGUGAAGAAUCAUUGGAACUCGACGUUGAAGAGACGGCGAGUCGAGACCGACGCUACCACCAGGUCGGAGUCGGAGAUGGAGCUUUUAAGAUUCGGGACUACUUAUACGUCGCCCGGGUCUGUGUGCAAUGAGGAUGCGGCGGCGGAUGUAGAUGAUCCGAUGACAACUCUUUCGUUGGCUCCACCGGGGAUGGGCGGAUAUGGGUUGCCGGAGAAGAGAAAUGAGAAUCUGCCGGUGGAAUUUUGGGACGUUAUGAGAGGGGUGAUUGCGAGGGAGGUCAGGGAAUAUGUGACGUCGUCGUUUCCUGAGACUUCUGGAUUUCAUUAACAUUUGCUGGAUUGUUUAUUUACUUCUUUAUUUGAAAAUUCUUUUUAUUUAUUACUUGUUUUCUCACGCUAAUUGAAAAAUUCUUUGGCUGCUACUUCAAAAUGUUCAAUACAAAUGUCUACUGAGUAUAAGAUACACUACGACAUUGGCAAUCCAAUUGUUUUAUGAAAUAAUUGAACACGGUAGAAUGUCGAGAUACAUUCAAUCGAUUAUAUUUAUUAUAGUUAGGUAUUCAAUGGAUUAUAUUUAUUAUAAUCAUGUAUUAUGUUGGUCCGUUUGAUGAAUGUAAAGUUUAAUGAUUAUUUAGGUUA